AGGGAUAUUAGAUUUGCUGUUUCAUCUCUUUCUUUAUUAUCGUAUCAAAUUUCCCUCUGUUCACAGAAUACCCUAAUUUGCAGCGAAUUCCAUCUACUCAUCAAAUCCCGAUACCUUCGCCCUAUAACUCACUAUAAAUCUCACCCGACCUUCUCGUUUCCCCCCCCCCCAAAAUUACAGAUAAUCGCUGCAUAUUAUCUGCCUAUUUGAUUUUUUUUAAUUUAUGUUUUUAGUUGCGGAUUAUCGCUUCAGGAGCUGUAAUCUCCAGGCAAUCUGGCUGAGAAGAGGCAUCUGUCUCUUAUAUGCAUAAUCAGAACUGGGCACUUGCUGUUGCCAAAGUUUCUAUUUCAUUCUGGCAGAUUCAACAACUUCUAAGGGUUCUCACACCUCUGAGCAGGUGUGGGGUGAUAACGAGAGUGUGAUUUUUGUAUGUGUUUUGAGGAGAUCUAGAUCAUCCCAUGUUUGGAGAUUGUGCCGCAUCUCUGAGGGUUUAUCAGUUGAUUAUGGCUAAGGUUGGCUUUAUCAAGUCAAAGUGCUGCAGCGUGUGAUUUGUUCUCGGUAGUUGUUCUUGAGUGUUUUUAGGAGAAUAGGUGUACUUAAUUUCAAGUUAUCUUCAGUUUUGCAAUAAGAGAAAUCAAAUGUGAAUGAAUUGUCAAUAUCCGAAGGAUGGUCAGAUUUUCAUGCUUCCAAGCUCAGUCUCCCAAACAUAAGAAAACGGUUCCACAAUCUAGUGAAGCAAUGCACAAAACUCUGGAAGAUUCACCACCAAAGCAGGCUUUACGGAAUUCUUCUGAUCUAAAUACAGGAAAUAAGCCUUGCCUGAAAGAGGAGAAACACACAGUCGAUUAUUUUGCUGAUCAUGUGACUGACUACUCUCCAACCGAACAUGACUGUGGAUCUGAGGAAAUGAAUGGCAAAGACAGUACUGAAAGUGAUACUAACAUUCAUAAGAACACACAAAUUAGAAAGUGCCAGUCUGUGGGAAAUGGAUUAAAUUGGGAAGAGCAAACCUUGGCUGCUGAUGGCUCAGAGGAAGAAACAGAGCAGAAAAUUUCAUUUGAUGGAUCUGGAGAUCAUAGUAGGACAGAGUUGCCGGAAAGCAGUGAUAAUAAUGGACCCAGCCUCUCAGAUCAAUAUCCAGAUCCUUUGCUAUCUGAUUCUGUUCAAGUUGGUUCUGAUGCUAAACAUAUGUCUAUAUAUUCAACUGGAGAUGGAGAACAACUUCUAGAAGAAGGUAACGGGAAGUAUGAUAUUGCUGUAUCAGGUGAGCAUGGUUCUGAUGAUGUUACACCACAUACUGGACAUGGUAUAGUAAAAUCACGUUCUUUACCUAGGUUGGGUUCCCCCAAGCAUUACUCUCCAUCCUUUAUAGCGCGCCCUAGAUCUGCUGAGGAUUUGAGUACUCUAGAUUAUAGGAAGAAAGGGAUGGAUGGAGUUGGAAGGCAAGUGCCAUAUCAAGAAAGACAUGAUGCAGCGCAUAAUGAUGAUGACAAUAUAGGUGAAAAUCCUGCUGAUGAAACAGAUGAGAAUUAUAAUUAUGAAGGUUCAGCAAAGGACUGGAUAAUACCUAACAUGCAGAAAGAUACAGAAGGAGACACUUCUUUUGAUAAUUGGGACAAAUUACCCGCUAAGGACUUCCAGAUAAAGCGAAUUGAGAAUUGGGUCAUCAACGUUCAGCACUGUGGCCCACCAGAAGAAUCUAAUGAGUCUGAUCCAAGCUAUGAUCAAGAGACACCCAAAGCCAAUCCCUUAUUGGAGGAUCCCACCACUUCAAAGGUGGAAGUCAAGGUCAACCCUGGAAUGGAAGCAGCAAAAAGAUACAUCUCUUCUAUGAACGUCUCAUCUACAUCAGCUCAGCUGAGUAACCUUGGGUUACAAGUGAUCCCCUUCCUCAGUGCUUUUGGGAGCCUCAAAACCCUUAAUCUGUCUGGAAAUGCUAUAGCAAGGAUAGCUGCUGGUACUCUUCCUCGAGGACUCCAUGUUCUGAACCUCUCAAAAAACAGUAUCUCCACCAUUGAAGGAUUGCGGGAUCUUACACGACUCCGUGUGCUUGAUCUUAGCUAUAAUCGCAUUUUAAGAAUCGGGCAUGGCCUCGGAGCUUGUUCCUCCAUCAAGGAGUUAUACUUAGCUGGCAACAAGAUCAGUGAGGUCGAAGGUCUUCACCGCCUCCUCAAACUGAACGUUCUCGAUCUGCGUUUCAACAAAAUCUCCACAACCAAAUGUCUUGGCCAGCUCGCGGCUAAUUACAACUCCCUGCAUGCCCUCAGCCUGGAAGGGAACCCAGCUCAGAAGAACGUAGGCGACGAACAGCUAAAAAAGUACGUGCUGAGCCUUCUCCCCAACCUCACAUACUACAACAGACAAUCCAUCAAAGUCGGGACAACAAAGGACGCAGCAGACCGGUCAGCCCGAUUGAGCUCCCACCAAAUCGACCGUGGCCACCGACUGGAAUCCAAGACUGCGAGGAAGGGCAUGGCUUCUCAGAAGGGAGCAUCUACUUCGAGCCAUAGCCGGAAAGUUCAAGCUGGGGUCUCACCGAAGCCAACAAGGAGCCGCCACAUGCGCCUGCCUCCGAGUGGGAUGAAGACAGCGGGCGUGGGGCAUCAGCUCGACUUUAGCAGCAAGGUCCCGAGCUUGAGGACGGAUUUCUCCUUUCCCCGGAGCCGGAGCGAGGGAAAUCUUGGAGUGCUUUAAAAUUUAAAAAUAUCGUUUGAAUAAUGCAUCUUCGAGUGUGAUGCAGUGUGUGAUCUCUCUCAGUUAUUUGUUGUGCGACUUUGAUUUUUGAUUUUGUUUAAAACUAUCGGUUUGGCUGUUUGAUUGAACACAGAUCAACGGAACUCUAUGUUUGACGAUUGAACAGUGUUUUUAUUUA